CAAGUUCCAUGCAACACUGAGCGAUGCAUGGGCUCAUUGUCACAACAGGCCCAUGGGCCCCCUGAUGCCCCUAGAUCAAAGGAGGAACUUCUAAUCCAUGCCAAAGAUUUCAUUAACCAAUAUUUCACCUCAUUUCAAAUGUGAGUAUAUGAAUAAAAUUAUUUUCAAACAUUGAAUAAAUCAUAACGUUAUCGACUUGCUUGUAGCUUUAAUAUAAAACUAUAGAUAAACGGUAUACUUUAAAAGCUAUACUAGUGUAGUUUAAAUGCUAUACUAGUGUACUUUAAAUGUUAUACAGUGUACUUUAAAUGCUAUACUAGUGUAAUUUAAAUACUAUAAGUGUACUUUAAAUGCUAUAACAGUGUACUUUAAUGCUAUAAGUGUACUUUAAUGCUAUAAGUGUACUUUAAAGGCUAUAACAGUGUACUUUAAGGCUAUAACAGUGUACUUUAAUGCUAUAACAGUGUACUUUAAUGCUAUAACAGUGUACUUUAAUGAUAUGACAGUGUACUUUAAUGCUAUAACAGUGUACUUUAAGGCAAUAACAGUGUACUUUAAGGCUAUUACAGUGUACUUUAAGGCUAUAACAGUGUACUUUAAGGCUAUAACAGUGUACUUUAAGGCUAUAACAGUGUACUUUAAUGCUAUAAGUGUACUUUAAGGCUAUAACAGUGUACUUUAAGGCUAUAACAGUGUACUUUAAGGCUAUAACAGUGUACUUUAAGGCUAUAACAGUGUACUUUAAUGCUAUAACAGUGUACUUUAAUGCUAUAAUUGUACUUUAAGGCUAUAACAGUGUACUUUAAGGCUAUAACAGUGUACUUUAAGGCUAUAACAGUGUACUUUAAGGCUAUAACAUUGUACUUUAAGGCUAUAACAGUGUACUUUAAGGCUAUAACAGUGUACUUUAAGGCUAUAACAGUGUACUUUAAGGCUAUAACAGUGUACUUUAAGGCUAUAACAGUGUACUUAAAUGUUAUAACAGUGUACUUGAAAUACUAUGACAGUUUACUUGAAAUAAUAUAGUACUUUAAAUGCUAUAAUAGUGUUCAUUAAUAAUAAAUGUCGCACCCUCAGGGUCUAUAGAGACCAAACAAAAAAGUGUUUGUAAAGCAAAAAGUUUAAUGUUCUCCAUAAUAAACGUACAAUCUAAAAAUUAUAAAUGAAUGUUAUUUAGAUGGUUCUUUUUUAAUAAGAACAGGAUAUUCUAAAAUCUCGUGUUCGUUAGUCUGAUGUCGAAGAUAGCAAGGUCAUAGGUCUGCGAGUAUGAGUCCUGUGAAUCCCAUUAUGAAUGGUCUUGUAAAUGGUUGUGGUUAAGGUUAAUUUUCACACGAGUUUUAUUUCAGCUUUUAAGGGUAUUCUACACUAACUUCGCUAAAUUAAUAUCCCCCAUAUAUAAAUAGUACUUAGUUCCACAUAAUGGUCUACUAAAUUUCCCUUUAUUAGUAACUUCAUUAUAUUAUACCACCUUUCCUAAAAAAUCACUAGCUUACCUUUGUUACUAUGUAAUUAUAUUUUUAAUUACCCUACAUCAUUGUAAGCUAAAUUGACAAUCAUAUUCAUCAACAGUCUCACAUUAAUUUUCUAGAAUUUCAAUGAACCAAUUUAAUUUAAGUAGUUGAGCUCUUAUUGAUUGGAAUAGUAUUCCUUUAAAACAAUUGAAUUUAUCAAUGGAGUCUGUUUAUAAAAUUCAAGCUUUGUUUAUUUUUUCCACAGGAACAAAACACGGGCACAUUUCCAUAGACUUGGUGAGAUAAACGACUUGAUUGAAAAAUCCGGAACCUACGACCUGACAAUGGCUGAACUGACCUUUGGGGCGAAACAGGCUUGGAGGAAUGCCCCUGGAUGCAUUGGCAGAAGUCAGUGGUCAAAACUUCAGGUAAGCAUACUAAUAUGUUACAUUGGGAAAUGGCGUUGGUGGGCCGUUGAGUGUGAGCUCAUAUUGCCCCCCCUCCCGGAACACCCACACACGGGCUGACGCCGGGGCUCCCCACCGCCAGGUUUUUGGGUGACAAGCCGGUAACCUCUCCCCUGGCCUGGGGGAUGUCAUGUCAAGCGAAAAUGCUGCGUUUAAAUCGUUCGCAGUCGACUCUCCCGGAGGUGACCACAUGGGAUUUGCCUCUACGUGGCGUACCAGACUAGGAGGGGGGUACUGUUACCCUGAAGGCAAAAAAACCACAGCUCAUUGCAUGACUUACAGGUAAGCAUACAAAGGGAGGGAAUUGUUUCGGAUAUUUGAAAACAGGGAUUCUCAUUUCCUGGGGUUUCAUUUACCCUGGGAAAAAUGGAUAAAUUGACCGUCUUUUAAUGAAUGAGAAAAAGUUUGUUGAAAGGUUGUUAAAAGUAGCUUUAUUAAAAACCUAGAUGUUAAUGUGUAAACAAUUAGUUUUGAUUGUUGAAUUAUGUGUGUAGCUACCUCCAUGCCUAGAGUGACAAAUUGUGACAUACUGGUUUGAUGCAAUGUAUACAAAACAAAUAAAUAUAUAUAUAUAUAUAUAUAUAUAUAUAUCCUAAAAAGUUACUUCCCUGGAUUGGAGGAUUUCUCGUAAAAUAUUUUACAUUUUAAAAAUUUGUUCAGGAUAGCAGUAUCUUGGGAUACCGCAAGAUUAAUUCUUCAUGGAUUCAUGUGGGAAUUGUUCUUUUUCUCAGAGAGUUGAAGUAAAAUUUGCCUGACAUCUAUGAGACUGUUAAUAUAAACAUAAAUGUCCAUCAAAGCUGAAUUGUUUCUCUCCAUAGGUGUUUGAUGCCAGGGAGAUAGGGACACCCAGAGAAAUGUUUGAAGCUCUUUGCAGUCACAUCAGAUAUGCGACAAACGAGGGAAAAAUAAGGUAUGUGACCGUAGGAAUUGUGUACCGUAACUACUACAAUGAUCACAUUGGGAAUUAGUAACUAAAAAAAUAUUUUAUGGUUUGAAAGUGUGGCUAGAUUGUUUGAAAGUGUGGCUAGAUUGUUUGAAAGUGUGGCUAGAUUGUUUGAAAGUGUGGCUAGAUUGUUUGAAAGUGUGGCUAGAUUGUUUGAAAGUGUGGCUAGAUUGCUUGAAAAUUUGACACAGCAUCGAAGUAACUCUAUUUAUUAGAAUCCCAAUUAGUGCCCCUUCCGCCCCACUAGCAAUCGCUUUUUUCCCUAGUUCCCUGAACUAUAUUAAUAUUCUCAUGUCCCACCCGGUUUUACACUGCAGAUUUUUUACACCGCAGAUUUUUUACACCAACCAUGUCCAUGAAACAAAAUAACAUUAUGCACCAAUCGCACUUGUGAUAUUUUGAAGAAUCUUAUUUAGAGCAUUUAUCAGGAAUUUUAUAGUUAGUGGCAUCUGAUAGCGUUAAAGAUGAUUUCGGGGGGGGGGGCGGGGGGGGGGGGCGGUUGAAAAUUUGAAAGAAAGUUAUUGGCAACUGGGGGGGGGGGGGGGGGGGGGGGGGGGGGGGAGCGGUUGAAAAUUUGAAAGAAAGUUAUUGGCAACGAGUCUGUGCCAAGCUUCAGUGAGAUAGUUUGAUGAGAAGUGGGUCAAUUAGCUGGCCAAAGAUUUUGCCACACACCAAGAAAUAAACAUACGAACAAAAGCAAAGUUAUGAUAAAGGAUUAUAAAAUGUCCCAAAUAAUUAAUGGCACUAGGAUUAUUCCAGCUCCGUUCUGUUCAAUAAACUGCUUAACCUAUUCAAUUUGAAACUUCACUCUGUCACAACUUUCAUUUGAAUGCUGUUGUCUCUGUCAAGGUCAACAAUAACUAUAUUUCCACAACGCAAGGAAGGGCGACCAGAUUUCCGUGUAUGGAAUACACAAUUGAUAAGCUAUGCUGGCUAUAAGUUGGGUGACGGGAAGGUCAUUGGUGACCCAGCCAAUGUUGAAUUUACAGAGGUAAAAUUUGGGCAAGUUGUUGUUACUUAGUUAAUGUUGUAACAAGACAUACAUUGGUAUUGUAACAAGAUAUACAUUGGUAUUGUAACAAGAUAUACAUUGGUAUUGUAACAAGACAUACAUUGGUAUUGUAACAAGAUAUACAUUGGUAUUGUAACAAGACAUACAUUGGUAUUGUCAGACAUACAUUUGUAACACGUCUGAUUUUGAGCACACUGAUUAAGGAUCGGAAUCUUUUUUAAAAAAAAAUUGUGUGUGUGUGUGAUCAAAACGGACGUAAAAGAAACACUAUAUAAGAAACAUUAUUUGUAUCCUUUAAAAAAACUAAAUUCUCUCUCUAAAAAUAAUGUAGUUGUGUGUUGAAAUGGGCUGGAAACCAAAGCACGGCAUGUUUGACCUUCUUCCACUGGUUCUGUCUGCUGCUGAAAAUAGCCCUGAAUAUUUCGAACUCCCCACUGAGCUGGUGCUAGAGGUGACCUUAAGGCAUCCCGAGUAAGUCUUAUUCAAAUCUUGAUUCGUGAUGCAUUGACCAGUCAGUCGUCUACAACAUCUUUUGCUUCUUUCAAGUAGGUUUAAAUGUAGUUUUUCCCAUUCCUUACAUGAGAGUUUGACAAGUGACUACAUACAUUAAAACAACCUGUUUUCCCUAAUAUUUGAGAAUUAUUUUAUUUCAAGAUUUCAUAUUUUAAUAAGAAAAGCAAGUUUGAAAUAUUAUUUGAAGAUAAGAGUCAAAUGAUUGGUAACAGGACUAUUUCUUAGAUUUUGUUUACACUGUCUACCAUCCAGGUAUCCCUGGUUUGCUGAAAUGGGGCUGAAGUGGUAUGCCCUCCCCACAGAUUCAGGAAUGCUCUUGGAUUGUGGAGGCCUGGAGUUCCCUUCAUGUCCUUUUAAUGGCUGGUUUAUGGGGACAAUGAUUGGUUCCAGGAACCUUUGUGAUCCUCACCGCUACAACAUGCUGGAGGUAAGCUGAUGAAAUGCUGCAAUUAUCCUAAAGACCUGUACAAUCCAGGUGCCACCAUAAAAAGAAAAAGGUUAUAACUUGUAAGUUUUCCAAAUUCUCCAGUCAGGCCCCCACAUAAAGCCACCAGAUAGGCCCCCACAUAAAGCCCCCAGAUAGGUCCCCACAUAAAGCCACCAGAUAGGUCCCCACAUAAAGCCACCAGAUAGACCCCCACAUAAAGCCUCCAGUCAGGCCCCCACAUAAAGCCUCCAGUCAGGCCCCCACAUAAAGCCUCCAGUCAGGCCCCCACUUAAAGCCUCCAGUCAGGCCCCUAAAGCCUCCAGUUAGGCCCCUAAAAUAUCAAGUCAGGCCUGUCUGUUGAACCAAGUACUAUUUUUAUGUCCCCAAUUACGUUAAAGAUCAGUGACUUGUUCUGAUGAAUAUUAAAUUUCGAAUUGAAGUUUUUUGAAAAUCACAAUAGAGACACAUCCAAUGAAACACGUUUCCCUCAUUAUAGUGCGUUAAAUGAAACACGUUUCCAUCAUUAUAGUGCGUUGUUAUAUUCAAACCUGGGCCUUGUGUAAGUGUGCUUCUGUGUAAGUUUGUUUAGGAAUCACUUUAUUUACCAUCAGAUGCAUUAAAAACAUUGGAAAGUUAGUUACACAUUGUCACACCUGUUUAUAAAAUAUUUAUUAAAAAAUUGUAGAUAAAUAGCAACCAAAUUACAGGGAUCCCCCUUAUGAAAUGUUAACAAAAUUCUUGGUUUAUGACUAUAAUUGUUUCGAAAUUUGUGAAUAGAUCAGUCAUAGAGGAAUACACAUAGUGGCCUUAAAGCGAGUGAAUUUUUUUGGACCCUCCCCAAUUGUUAGUAAUUAUACUACAAAAAAUUUGUGGAUGUGGUAUCGUCGGGAGGGGGUUAAGAUAAAAUUUUAUGAGUAAAAUGUUUAAAUUUAUUUUUUUUCAUUUUAUAAUUAUGUGGGGGGAGGGGCCGAGAAGUAGGGAUGUCUUAUGGCCUUGGCGGCAGUGGACAAAAGUUUGAGAACAACUGGUCUAGAGGCAGGAACAUAUAAUUUAAUAAAUUAUUAACUUUAAUCUACUUCUGCAAUCGCAUCACAAAUAAACUUAAUUUCUUUUCGUCACCUAGAAAGUAGGCCUAUAGAAUAUCUAUUUUUUAAAACUUAGCCAAUUGGCUUAAAAAUAGGGCUCAACACCGAAACUGCUGCAUCCCUGUGGAAGGACCGUGUUUUGAUUGAAGUAAAUGUGGCUGUACUUUACAGUUUUGAGGUAGUAGGCUACUAUAUUACUUUUUAAAGAUUUUUUUUACUGAACUGUUAACAUUGUUUUACUUAACAUUUAUUAAAUACAGCAUAAACCAACUAAUGAAGAAAGUUAGGAACAUAAAACAAACUAAACAUCCUUUACUGGAAGAACUAUUGGAAGAAAGAUGUUACUGUAAAAUUAGACACAUUUUGGAUGAUAUAUCUCACCCUCUUCAUCACAGAUACUUAAUAUAGGCCGUUUGGGACGAAUUCUUUCCGUCAGGGCGACGACUGAAAGAUAUAAAAAUUCUUUUGUUCCCCAAUCUGUACGAAUUUACCAGCGUGCUCACCCUGAAGUCACAAAUCUUAAUGUAAAUGAAGUAGUCCCUGAUAUGGCUACUGACUGGCUGCUGGUGAAAAAAUAUUACAAAUUUCUUGUUCAAAUUUUUAUAUGUGCUGAAAAUGCACAAUGCAAUCAUAAAACAUUUCCAUUUGUUUGGAUCAAUGAAAGAAUCUUAUCUUAACAUUUGACAUUGUUUUACUUAAGUACUCACGAUUGUCAAUUAUGUUCAUACUUUGAUUUUAAAAUGUCAAGUAAUGUUUACAUUUAUUUAAAUAAAAAAUUCAAUGAUAAACAAGACAAUUUAAUAUAAGUGUCAUUGAAAAAUUAUGUGAAAAUUAUAUGCUCAUAUCUUUCUGGCUUUAAUAUUGAGCUCACAUUUUGAAUUUUUAAAAUGUUUAUUAGUCGGCCAAUGUUACCAUCGUCAAUCACCAUGACGCCAGCACUGAUUUUAUAUCUCACAUGGAUAAGGAGAUAAAAUUAAGAGGAGGCUGUCCUAGUGAUUGGGUGCGCAUGGUGCCACCGAUGAGUGGGUCGACUCUUGAAGUUUUUCAUCAAGAAAUGUUGCUUUAUAAUUUACACCCAGCCUUCGUACGCCAGGUUUGUAAUGCUUUAGAUUUUAAACUAGCAUUUAAUGUUACAAUUUUCAUGCAUAAGAUAUUCUUAGUAAUAAAUUUUAAGACAUUUUCAGUUUUCUAUGCUUGAAAUUUUUUUUCCAUGUGUACAGUAAAUUAUUUUUUAACGAAAAUCAGUCUGUGAAUACUAUCAUUCUGUGAUUACUAUUAGUCAAUGUAGACUAUCUGUCUGUGUAGACUAUCUGUCUGUGUAGACUAUCUGUCUGUGUAGACUAUCUGUCUGUGUUGACUAUCAGUCUGUGUUGACUAUCAGUCUGUGUUGACUGUCAGUCUGUGUAGACUGUCAGUCUGUGUAGACUGUCAGCCUGUGUAGACUGUCAGCCUGUGUAGACUGUCAGCCUGUGUAGACUGUCAGCCUGUGUAGACUGUCAGCCUGUGUAGACUGUCUGUCUGUGUAGACUGUCUGUCUGUGUAGACUGUCUGUCUGUGUAGACUGUCUGUCUGUGUAGACUGUCUGUCUGUGUAGACUGUCUGCCUGUGUAGACUGUCUGCCUGUGUAGACUGUCUGCCUGUGUAGACUGUCUGCCUGUGUAGACUGUCUGCCUGUGUAGACUGUCUGCCUGUGUAGACUGUCAGCCUGUGUAGACUGUCAGCCUGUGUAGACUGUCAGCCUGUGUAGACUGUCAGCCUGUGUAGACUGUCAGCCUGUGUAGACUGUCAGCCUGUGUAGACUGUCAGCCUGUGUAGACUGUCAGUCUUGUUUCAAUAGACCAAAUAUAAUAAAACAUUAGCAGCUAAAUGUAAAACUUUUUCCCUUAAUAGUUUGCCUGUUUGGAAUAUUUUCUAUGACGAACAUAACCGAUUUUUUAUUUUUUAAUUUUCAUGUAAAAAGGACGUAAAGCCAUGGAAGAAGCAUGUGUGGAAAAGCGAUCAGAGUGUACCUAUCAAUUCAUGCAACCCUAAGAGGAAAUUAGGUUUUAAAGCAUUAGCCAGGUAUUGGAAAAAAGUGGUCUAUUGAAAGGAAUUUAAAACUUUUUAAAAUUUUAAUUUUUUUACAAGCUGUCAAAAUGUGCUUGUUCCCCAAUAAAAAAAUAUUAAGUUAUUUAGAUAAACACCUUGUACAAACAAAAAUAUAAAUUCAAGUCUGUAAGGAAACAAAUAUUAGAGAAACAUUUAGAAGCCAAUGUAUGCAAGGAUUUUUCAAAUUUCACAGAACAAUUAGAUUAAUUAGAAUGAACAUUUUAACUACUACCGAUAUUGCUGUAUUGCAGAGCUGUGGAGUUCUCGGCAUCCUUGAUGUCAAAGGCUUUGUCAAGCCGUGUCAAGUGUUCCAUCUUUUAUGCCACAGAGACUGGCAGAUCUGAACGCUUUGCACGCAGAUUGUCUGAGAUUUUCAAACCAGUCUUUCACUCACGGGUAAUUCAAAUGUUUUACUAGAUUAAAAUCUGCUAAUAUAAUAUAUUGCUAAAAAUUCAUGUGAAUAUGAAGCUUUAGUUGCAUUCUAUUUCCUCCGAUGUAUUUACAGUUGGAAUAUGAAAUUAACAAAUUUUUUUUUUACAAGAUAAACAAUUUUCUAUAUAAAAUAAAUAACCAAAUUUAUUCUCAAGUCCCAACUAGUUCUUUGUGUCCACUCAGCAAAUGCUGAUAAAUAGAAUGUCUAACAUUGGAAUAAUUAUUGACAAUUUGGGGGCAAUGACAGUGACAUAUUUCUAGGUUAAAAUGAGAUUGUUAUAAAGAUGAAGAUGUCAACAGUUAUCAGGUGCUAAACUGGACCAAACUCUUUGGAGACGUGUUAAGCAUACUUGACAUGCUUUCUGUAACAGUUUUUUUUUCACCCACUCCUAAAGAGUUAUUUACAUUUUUAUCACCUAUACCCAUUCUAGCAGUAACAAUCAAUUAUUCUUGUUGUUUUGGAGUCAAAGGAUUGUAAAAUUUAAUAAGUAAUGAAAUCAGAAUUAUGAUUUAUGAGAGGUUAAAUUAUGCAUCGAAGAUUAAGAAAUUUUAUGACUAAAUGUAAGGAAUAAAUCUCCUAAAGUUGCGGACGCCAUCAGCCGAAUUUUAAGAGUGUUACACAAUUCAACACUUGAUUAUUUAACCAGGUGGUAUGCAUGGAUGAUUAUGCUGUGGAGACAUUGGAGCAUGAGUCCUUGGUCAUGGUAAUCACUAGUACCUUCGGUAAUGGGGAGCCGCCAGAAAAUGGAAAAGUAAAUAUAAACAAUAUUCCCUUGUGCGUUAUAAUGUAUCAUUUAUCUAAUCCUUUAUGACUCCUCUUUGAAAAAAUUGUUUUUAUAAAAUUUAAAACAUUGUCUAUUUUUUCACAUGAAUGAUAAAAAAAUAUUUUAAAAUUUCAUUUCAAGUAAACAUUUAUAUUCUAAUAUCGAAGUGGCUAUAGGUACCUUCUAAUAUAUACAUUUUUUUUUCAUAUAUGUUUGAAAUGUUUUUUUUUAAAAUACACUUUUUAUCUUUUAAAAUAUUAUAAAAAUGUUUCACUAUCAGACAUCGCCUCAUUAUCUCCUCAAAUUUGUGUCUUUUAGCAAUUUGCCCAAAGUUUGUUGGAUAUGAAAAGGAAAUACGACUGUGACCUCGGGUGAGUAAAACUUAACAUGGGGAUUUUAUAGCCCACUAAUUACAUCAAUGUUUUACUUAUUAAUCAAAACUUUUUCAUUUACUGUUGUCAACAAAUAAAACAUAAGAAUGUUAUAGGAAGGGUCAUGGACAAAAAAAUACAUAAAUUAAAAUAAAAAAUUGAAUACAAAAUAUUUUUUGUUGCUUUACAGAUUUUUGGAAUCAUGUUCUUCCAUCUCAACAUGCAUUAAGAGUAGCAUUUUGACUGAAGGUCCGUUGGCUGCUGAUGUAAUAGGGGACAGACAGUCCUUAGCAAUGGGAACAGGACCACUUUGUAAUGUCAGGUCAUUCAUUUAAAUUAUUCAUAAAAUUGUAAGAUGUUAAAUAACAUUGUUAGGUUUAAACGGAUUCAAACUAAUUUGUUGUGUUAUUUCAACCAACCUGAUUUUAAAAGUUUAAUGUUAAAAAGUUUGGGUGUGAAACAGAAAAAAAUAAAAGGCAUUUCAACAGUAAACAUUUGCCAGAUGUGAAAUGGUAAAAAAAAACAUAAAAACCCAAACAUAUUUAUUUGGGAUAAUUUGUUUUUAAUCCAAUGAUUAAACAGGUUUGCAGUAUUUGGCCUUGGCUCCAAAGCUUACCCUUACUAUGCUGCAUAUGGCAAGUAUAUAUAUCUCAUGUUGCAAGAACUUGGAGCAGAAAGAUUGGUUAAUUAUUGCGCAGGGGAUGCCUUAUAUGGCCAAGAACAAAGUUUCAGGGCCUGGUCAGAGGAAGUAUUCAAAGUAAGCUUAUUUGUUUUGUCUAAUUGAUAUAAGAGAUACAAGAAUUAGGUAAUAAAGUCUUUACAAUAUUUUCAUGUUUAUAGUUUUCAAAUUAAUUUUAAUGUCAAGUACCAAGAAAAUAAUAUUUAAUAUCAAAUACCAUGUAAAUAAUUAAUGUCAAAUGGCUCCCACAUAUCUCAUUUUCACAAUGCCUUGUCCAUAUUUUAUAUGUAAAAUACCUUGUAAUAUUUAAUAUUUCAAAUACAAUGUACAUAUUUCAUUUGUACAAAACCUUUACAUAAUUAUGUCAAAUAGUUUAUACAUAUUUAAUAUCAUAUCUUGUACUUAUUUAAUGUCAAAUGUGUGCAUAUUUCAUUUGUACAAUACAAUUUAACUAAACCUUUUGGAAAUGUACAAGUCUUUUUAUAUAACCUUUAAAGAUUUUGCUUCAACAUAUUCUUUUUUGGCCACAGGCUUCAUGUGAAGCUUUCUGCCUAGAUAAUAGAAAUGAUGCUCCAGGACCCCAAACCAAGGGUGACUGUAGCAAAGUCAGGAUUGUGCCCGUAGAAAAUUGCAAAGAACCAGAUUUAUGUCAAGGUAUUCAUUUAUCUUGGCUUAUUUAAGAUAUAUUCCAAAUGGUGUGAGGAAAUUAAUUUCAUUUGUCCUUUCAAAAAUUCUGAGAAAUGCACAAACAAUUAUUGCUUAGUAAAUCAAAUAGUUAUUGUUAAAUCAUUUUUAACAUUUAAGUUUCAAUAACUCUGUGACAUCAAUUAAAUUAAGGAUUACAAAAUGUCAAUUUAAAAAAAAAAAUUUGAUGCUCGUUUCAUUUUAAUUUCAGUCUUGCGCAACAUUCAUGGGAAGGAAGUAAUGCCCUUAAUUUUGGCUGAAAGAAUACAGCUUCAGGCCAAAGAUUCUGAGUAAAGAAAUUAUCUAUUUUUAACAUUUAAAAAUUGACAGAUUGAAUUCAUCAAUGAAUCAUUUUAUUUUAUCUGUAUAGCCAAUAUUAGGUAGAACCAUCAAAUCUAUCUGUAUAGCCAAUAUUAGGUAGAACCAUAUCAAAUCUAUUUGUAUAGAGAAUAUUAGGUAGAACCCUAUCAAAGCUAUUGGGAUAGCCAAUAUUAGGUAUACCCCUAUCAAAGCUAUUGGGAUAGCCAAUAUUAGGUAGAACCCUAUCAAAGCUAUUGGGAUAGCCAAUAUUAGGUAGAACCCUAUCAAAUCAAUCUGUAUAGCCAAUAUUAGGUAGAACCAUUUCAAAUCUAUCUGUAUAGCCAAUAUUAGGUAGAACCAUUUCAAAUCUAUCUGUAUAGCCAAUAUUAGGUAGAACCAUUUCAAAUCUAUCUGUAUAGCCAAUAUUAGGUAGAACCCUAUCAAAUCAAUCUGUAUAGCCAAUAUUAGGUAGAACCAUUUCAAAUCUAUCUGUAUAGCCAAUAUUAGGUAGAACCCUAUCAAAUCAAUCUGUAUAGCCAAUAUUAGGUAGAACCAUUUCAAAUCUAUACUAUGUAGAACCCUGUCCAAGCUAUCUGUAUAGCCAAUACUAUGUAGAACCCUGUCCAAGCUAUUAGGUAGAACCCUAUCAAAGCUAUCGGUAUAUCCAAUAAUAGGUACCAGUACAGCUCUAUCAUAGCUUAAAGUUCUGAAUAGAUAUAUAUUUUAUAAAUGUAUUUCAGUCAGCAGACCAUUUUAAUAAAGCUGGACGCACACAAUGCCACUGACCUAAAGUAUGCCCCUGGAGAUCAUGUGGCUAUUUUCCCUGCCAACUCUCCAGAAAUUGUGGAUGCGAUUCUUGUUAGGUUGGACACAAGUAAAGGACCAUCUCCAGAUCAAGUUGUGAAAACAGAGAUUUCCACACAGCUUGGUGAAUGCAUUUUGUCAACUUUGUAGCUAAUCUGCACACAUCCUUCCUUGUACUCCCUUCUUGGCAUCAUUUUAUUAUUGAAAAUUAAUAUUUUUGUAGAAAUAGAAACAUUCCUUGAAACUUGAAGGAACAAGUCCCUUCAAUGUGGUAAAACACAAAAUAUAGCUACUCCCUCAUUCAUGUCAUAGCACAUUCAGCUUCCCAUAAUAUUCUUAUAACUUUUUUUUAAUCAUCCUAAUUUUAAAAAAAAAAUGUAAACUUAAAAUAAUUUUUUUUUUUAACUUUACUAAAGGAACCAAUGACACUUGGAGAAGUCACUUGCCAAUCUGUACUUCGCGUACAGCUUUCUCAUUUUUGUUGGAUGUAACCACGCCUCCCUCACAAGAGAUACUGCAGGUGUUGGCCACUCAAGCCUCAAGUGACAUGGAUAAACAUAAACUUGAACAAUUAGCUUCGGUGAGGUUCAAUAAAAAUUCAUUUUCCUUUUUUAAAAAAAUAUUAUAGGUGGGUGGGUGGUAAAAAAAUUUGGAAUGGGGUGGGGGUAGUUAAAAUUGUAAUUUAUUAAAAUGUCAUCUUAUUAGUACUCUAUACAGCUUGACAUGUAAAAUACUUAAAACCUUUUCUUGUUGCAUUCCAAAUUUUCAAAACAAUGUUAAAUGGAUAGAUAUGUGGUUUUUUACCUCUUUAAUUUCUUCUUUAGAAUUCAGAGGCUUAUGAAAAAUGGCGACUGGACCUGAGCCCCAAUAUCCUAGAAAUUUUGGAUGAGUUCCCGUCCCUCAAAAUUCCACCCUCACUUCUGCUGACCCAGCUGCCGUUGCUGCAACCUCGCUACUACAGCAUCAGUUCAUCCCAACAGAAAAACCCCAAUGAGGUUCAUGCCACCAUUGCUGUGGUCAGGUUUAAAACUCAAGGUAAAACAAAUCUGAUAAAAUGUUCUUUCUAAUCAAAAAUUUGUUAUGACCAUUAAAAUGUGUAAAUCUGUUAUAAUGUUUCAACAUAUUUUGAUAUUUAAUCAUUUUCGUAGAUGGUGAUGGGCCUGUCCAUGAAGGAGUGUGCUCGUCAUGGCUGAACAGAAGCCCCAUAGGAACUGUAGUGCCUUGUUUUUUGAGAUCGUAAGUAAUUUGAAUUAAACGAACAUUAUAUUUUAUUAAAAUUACAGAAACAUUUAAUAGAUGAAACGAAAAGUAAAAAUGUAGACUCCACUAAAAUGUCAUUUGGAUAACUUAUUAUUUUUUUUGAAUCAAUAAUAAUCUUCCUUGUACAGGUAUAUUCAGUAAGACCUAUUUGUUUUUGAUAUGUAACCUAUUGUUUCUGGUCCUAAGGGCACAAAACUAUGUAACCUAUUGUUUCUGGUCCUAAGGGCACAAAACUAUGUAACAUUUUGUUUCUGGUCCUAAGGGCACAAAACUAUGUAACCUAUUGUUUCUGGUCCUAAGGGCACCAGACUGAUAUGUAACCUAUUGUUUCUGGUCCUAAGGGCACCAGACUGAUAUGUAACCUAUUGUUUCUGGUCCUAAGGGCACCAGACUGAUAUGUAACCUAUUGUUUCUGGUCCUAAGGGCACCAGACUGAUAUGUAACCUAUUGUUUCUGGUCCUAAGGGCACCAGACUGAUAUGUAACCUAUUGUUUCUGGUCCUAAGGGCACCAGACUGAUAUGUAACCUAUUGUUUCUGGUCCUAAGGGCACCAGACUGAUAUGUAACCUAUUGUUUCUGGUCCUAAGGGCACCAGACUGAUAUGUAACCUAUUGUUUCUGGUCCUAAGGGCACCAGACUGAUAUGUAACCUAUUGUUUCUGGUCCUAAGGGCACCAAACUGAUAUGUAACCUAUUGUUUCUGGUCCUUAGGGCACCCCACUUUCACCUGCCAGAAGAUCCCUCCCUGCCUAUUAUAAUGAUAGGACCGGGGUCAGGAAUUGCACCGUUCAGAUCAUUUUGGCAGCAAAGAUUGGGAGAAAUUGAGAACACCAUGCCUUCCUGUGAGAACACCAUGCUUUCCUGUGAGACCACCAUACCUUCCUGUGAGAACAGCAUGCCUUCCUGUGAGAACACCAUGCCGUCUUGUGAGAACACCAUGCCGUCUUGUGAGAACACCAUACCUUCCUGUGAGAACACCAUACCUUCCUGUGAGAACACCAUGCCGUCUUGUGAGAACACCAUACCUUCCUGGGAGCGCACCAUGCAGCCUUGUCAGAUCACUUUGCCUUCUCGUAAGUUUAAAAAUUGUCUAUACUCAAUAUUCUUUUCCAUCUUCUGGUGAUAUUCAAUUUUUAAAAAAGUUAAAUUAAGAGAUUUAAAGUUGCACAUUAUUCUAUUUUUCACAAUAAAUUUAGCCUCCACAUUGUUUUUUUUAUAGAAUCUUUACAAUUCUGACAAAUUUCAUGAUAUUUAAACAAUUUAUUUCAAAUGGACAUGUUAAAUUUUGUCAAUGUUAAAGAGCAACAUUUUAACAGUAUGACUUAAUACAAAGAAUAUUACCAAAUAAACUGUUCUUUUCUUUAUUGCUUUUAUAGAAACCAAAAAACAUUUUGGAGAGAUGGUACUUUAUACUGGCUGCAGAACAGCUAAACACAUGAUUUAUGCAGCGGAACUUGAAGAGAUGAAACGAUUGGGAGUUCUUUCCAACUAUCAUGUGGCCCUGUCACGGGAAGCAGCUUUGCCUAAGGUAUCAUAAUUAUUCAUAAGUCUGUACAAAAUACUUAGCAAAUGAUUUUAAGUUAUCAUUUAAUUUUGACAUUAUGGCUCUUGAUAGAAAUUGUUUCAUUGAUUGCGCAUAGUUUUUUUUAUAGAUCAAUUAAUCUUUAACAUCUUCAUGUAUUAUAUUUUAUGCUAUAACCCCAGCAUCAUUUUUAUUUUAUUUACCAACAUUGUAUACCUUUGGAAAUAAAAUUAUUUUCAUUUCUCUUUUUAAUAUGGUUGACUUUGUACCGUGGUUGGAGUUAAUAAACUUAUUAUUAUUAAUAUAGAAUUAUUUUUUUACAUUAUUUUGUUUAAACCAACCUGGAAAUAAAAAUAUUUUUUGUCAAACUUCAUAAAUGUAUUUUAAAAUAAAUUUAAUUGGAUGAUUUUCCAUUUUUGCUAUAUAGAUGUAUGUACAAGACAUCAUUAUCAAAAAUGCGGCUGCUGUAUAUGAGAUAGUAAUGAAGAAAGGUGGCCACUUCUAUGUGUCAGGAGAUGUGUCCAUGGCACACGACGUGACCAGAGCACUGGAGCUUGUUCUGUGUCAACAAGGAGGAAGAGAAGCUUCCCAGCAAGUCAUGAGUUUGAGGGUAAAGGGACAUUAAUUUAUAAAACUUUAUCUUGCGCAGACUCUAUUCAAAGCUAGAAAAGGAAAGACAAUGGUCAAUUAAAUGCUAGUUAUGUGAUUUAUUUAGUUUCAGGAGUUAAUAUUUUUGUACCACUUAUUUAAAUGAACCUUUAAACAAAAUCUCCCAUUAAUUUUACAUUACAUUUCUCAUCUCAUCACAAAUAGGAUGAGAACCUAUUCCAUGAGGACAUAUUUGGCAGCUUUGUGAGAAAAGCUGGAGGACAAAGAUCUGAAGAUGAGUAAUUAUGGGCACUGGAGGAAUGCCUACAUGCAACUGCAAAGACUGCGAAACCAAAAUUAAUAAAUUGAAUGAACCGUCCUCAUUGCUACGCUUGUAUUAAAUUUAGAAUUUAUGAAAUUGAUGAAUACAAAAUUAAUUUGGGAAUAAAAUGAGUCUCUCAUAUUUAAAAAUGAUCCAUCAUGAUAAAUGAGUUGUAGGCUAUGUGGCAAUGGGAUUGAUUAUCAUUAUAAAUGAAUUGUAGGCUAUGUGACAAUGGGAUUAUCAUUAUAAAUGAAUUGUAAGCUAUGUGAUUAUCAUUAUAAAUGAGUUGUAGGCUAUGUGACA